GGAUUGUUUGAGGCUGCAAGCUGAGUCGUGCCACAGUCAGAGGCAGACGUCGGAGCGCCUCGGAGCGGCCAUCUGCAUGCAUCAUGCUCCCGCUCAGACGCUCCAUGCAUUCUCCUCAGUGCUAAUUCCCACUUUUGAACGAGGACAAAGAGGACAGCUGGGUUGUCUUUUGGGUUUUUUUUGCAGCGGCGGCAGCAGCAGGAGCAGGACACUGGGAGCUGUGCCAGGGAAUAACAAAAUAAUAACAAUAAUAAAAGGUGGGGGUGGGGAGGGGGGAUAACCUUACGGCACGCUUGAGCGAUGUUCCACGGGAUUCUCUCUCUCCUUACAAAGGCUUUUGCCGCUCACUGAUGGACUAAUGGAGGGACUCGGCGGCUUGUCAUGCUUGAAUCCCAGCUCCGAACAACCGCUGUGCCAGACCUUCUUAGUGACCGCUGCCGGACCCACUGUGGGGUAGCGUGGCGGAUCAAGGACCCCCCUUAACCUCCUCUUUCCUCCAAAACCUCAACCUUCCCUUGUCUUUACCUCUGCCUGCUUGACCGUAUUCACAUCCCUUAAGACCCCCAGAAGCAGUCUUGUGCCGCCUAAAUGAUCUCCUGGACCUCCUCGCUGCUCCGCCGUCGCCUCUUGAGCCCCUCGAUAUUUCCUACAGACAAACAUUUUCCAUCACUGGGGUUGAUCCCCCUUUCACUCGCCCUUGCCCCGCCCUCUUCCCGAUUUCCUGCCCUCUGACCCUCUUGUUUUCAUCGUCCCCCUCUCCUCUGUGCCCUCUUCAGGCCCCCCUCCCCAAACUCAUUUCACCCCCAUGACGAUGUUGCCAUGUGUCUCCUGGCUCCAGCCUAUCCUUAUGGUGCUGACCUCUGUCUUCUGGACCCGGGGGGAGAACUGCCCAGCGACGUGUUUGUGCCCGGACCCCCACACGGUGGACUGCAGUGGCCGGGGUCUGACCCACCUUCCCAAUGAGAUCCCCCUGGACGUGCGCAGGCUCCUAUUGGCUGACAACUGGAUACCCCGCAUCCCAUCCGACUUCUUGGUUCUGUAUAGUGACCUGGUCUACCUUGACCUCCGGAACAACACCCUCUCAUACAUUGAACCGGGGACACUCAGCACCUCCUCCAGGCUGGUCUUCCUGGACCUUGGCAGUAACAACUUGACAGAAAUCCCCAAGGGAACGUUUGGGGAGUCCCGUAGCCUGAUCAAGCUACGUCUUGGCAACAAUCCCUAUCUGAGCAUGGUGAACGAGGAUGCUUUCCUGGGUCUCACCUCACUCCGGGAGCUGGAACUGGAGCGCAACGCACUGUCUACCCUCAAGGUGGGGGCGCUAAGUCAGCUGCCUUCUUUGCGGGUGGUGAGGCUGGAGGGCAACCCCUGGGUGUGCAACUGCAACUUUGCCAACCUGUUUGCGUGGCUCAUGGAGAACAGUCACAAGCUUCCCAAUGGAGUGGAAGGCAUGGAGUGCUCCCUGCCCAUGGACGGACGCCGCGUGUCCCUGACCCAGCUCUCCAAGGACAGCUUCCGCGAGUGCCAGGCCAGCCUGACUCUAACGGACCUGCUCAUCAUCAUUUUCUCUGGCAUCUCGGUGUCCGUGGUGGCCAUCAUGACCAGCUUCUUUCUGGCUUCCACCGUUCACUGCUUCCAGCGCUGGAGUAAAGGCUCCAAGGGUGACGAGGAGGAGAGCGAGGAGUGACAAGGAUGUACUUUUAAGGGCUUGUCUAAUUCGACUAUUUCCAGCCUUGACAACACCUCCACGGGACAAAGUGUGCGACACUGGGCCAGAUUUAUGCUGCUUCCUCCCUGGUGAACACCAAGGACUGUUUUAUGGAAGGAUCCUAGCCUGGUACAGUUGCGGUUUUCUUUGCACACGGGCAUCUAAUUAUGGUAAGAAAAGGUACCUCCUGAGGGAUUACACGGUCGUGGGCUCCACUCGACAUGAUCUCACACUUCCAACAUAACUAGGGUAGCACUUUGUGUAGAAGAUGCAGGGAAAAACAGAGAACUUCGACUGUGUUCACACUUGUAGCUCUGUACCAUAUUCUCAUCACAUGUACGUUUUGGCCAGUAAAAACAUGUCAUAAGUAGGGGUGUAACGGUACGUAUUCAGAAAAAGAUUAGAUAGAUACCAUCUCCAGGUCAGGAGUAUUCAAGUUCAAGCACCAGGGAAGGAUGGAGGACAUGAUCGACAUAGGGAUUGGUGCAGCGUCUACAGUGAUGAGAACUCUGUUGUGGUGAAAAUGGAGCUGAGCUGGAAGGAUAGAUCGAUUUACCGGUCGAUCUAUGUUCCUACCCUCAACCAUGGUCAGGAGCUUUAGGUGGCGAUCAAAAAAAGGGCAAGAACACGGAAACAGGUGGACGAAAUGAGCUUACUUCGUAGCAAGAGUGAGAAACUUAGUCAUUCAAGAGGCUACUUCUCCUCGACAUUAGCCACGUUUACAUGAGGAGUUUUUCUCUUUCCGAAUGACCUGUCCAAAAAAAAACAGUAUACAUGGAAAGGAAUAUUCCAAUCUCGCUAUAAUCAACCAGAAUAGUCAAUGGGGCAUUCGCAGUAAAACGUAAACAUCAACAUCACGUGAUACCGACUUCCCCGGUUUUUCUUCCACGUUGGAAUAACAGUUUUUCGUUCGUCCAGUCUUGGAAUUAGUUUGGAUCAAAAACAAACUUUCUGCAGCAGUCCACUGCCGAUUGCUCGCCUCCAUUUUUAAAACCUAAGAACGUCAUAUCUGAACAUACGCUGAAAGAACGCACCCGGAUAAAGACAAAAAUUCUUGCUAAUAUUUUAUAAUUAAACUCGGGACAUGUUUUAUAUAGAUAUAUAUUUUAUGGACUUAUGAAUAAAGUAUAGAAGUGUUUAGAUUCCGUUCCAGAAACUGCGGUAAUGCACACGAAAGCUGCUUGCCAACCGCCAAUAAACAACAUAAGAAGAAAAACACAACAAAGAAGAACUUUCCGUUUGAGCGGGUACAAGAUACCUCAAUCGGAUUGGGGAAAGGAAUAUUCCACCCCUGUGAAUCCGAUUAUAUAUUCAUUCGGAUUGGCACUUUUCUUUCGGAAUGAGGUGUAUACAAAGGUUACAUUCUUUUCGUUUCAGCAAAUAAACCGAAUGGAAUUGGAAUAUUUGGGUCCAUGUAUACGUGGCUAUUGAGAGGAGCCAAAUGAGGUGGCUCGAGAAUCUGGCAUCUGGUCAGAAUGCCUCCUGGACUCCUCCCUGGGGAGGCGUUCAGGGCACAUCUGACCAGUAGAAAGCUCAGGGAAGACCUAGGACUGGUUACUGUACUGUAAAGAUUAUAGACUAUAGAACACAUGUACCGUUACACCCCUAGUCACGACAUAAUUGGAGUGACAUAUUUUGAAACUUCAAAUGUAAGCUAUAAAACAUGCACUCAUACGCAGGCUGUAGCGGACUGAGGUCAGAUUGCUUUCACACCACAGUUGCUUUGCUGUGUCCACUCCUGAUGAACCGAGGAUCAAACUAGAAAAAAUGGUGUGAAAGCAACAACGGUCCAUUUGUCUCCACAAGCACAGCAACAGCACCACAAGUUUUUUUUAUUUUUUUAUUUUUAACCGAACCAAAAAGUAUGAACACAACCUUCAAAUACCAUAAAGUCGGAUUGUGACAUUUUAACUAUCUGAAUUAUGUCAUGAAAGAUGUCAUACAGAACGGUGACCUCAGUAUUUCAACUCCUAUGACGUCAUAUCUUGUCAUUUACACGAUGUGUUUCAAGGACGUGUAAAGGACAGAUUCCAUGGUAUAUUAUAUAUAUACGAUGUAGUCACACAUGUAACGUGCACCAACACACACACAAAAAAAAAGCAUCAUAUGAAUCGAGAGAAUAUACUCUACUUUCAUUAGUGUAGAAAGAUAAAUUAGCUCUGCGUAUAAUCCUCACAAUUAGGGCAAAAUAUGGUAUUAUUAAAGAAAGCUUGCGUAGAACUAUUGUGUCAAUUAACGCACUUUAAUGGUGAAUCUAACGAUGUGACACCCCUAAUUACACCAUUCCGUCCUCAUCUGCCAAAGAGAAGUGGAAGUGGAUUAUUUAUUGAAUUAUUAUUUUGAUGUUUUGUCAUUAUCAGGAAGGUAUAAGUUCUUUUCAACAUAAGGCAACACUAAAUGACACCAUCAUAUGAACAUUAAACAUCAUAAUGAAAUACAUCUUUGGGUCCGUUUAAUAGCCCCAUAAGCACUCAUUUAAUAAAUCACCGCCAUUAUCACGGGAGUCUCUUGUCGUGCUUUAAUAGAGUUCUUCCGAGGUCCCGCCGUAAAGCUAAUGACUUAAGUUACAAGAAAGGUUUAAUUAAGAAAAAUAUGGGAGCAGCAUUUAUCACACACCAGAGCAACAGUACGGAACGCUCUGAUUUAAGGCGGCCUGAAUGUGCUAAUUGCAUUCUUUAUUUAUUAGUCCUCUAUUGUUUGGGGUUUGCGGAUGCUCAGUACCGGAAGAUUGGUGUUUGUGUCGCUGCUAUUGUUAAGGCAUGUUGCCGCUGAUAUUCUAGUGAGGCAUGAAUAAUUCGAUGAAACUGAGACGUGGAAUGGAAAGAAUGACAGACCCCGGAAUGCAAACGACAGAAAUGACGGACAAGCACAUAUUUGUCCCAUAUGAUGUUGGUCUGAUUAGAGCCAAUAACCUUGAGCCUUAAACAUUCUUAACAUGCUAAAUAAUUGCAUAAUUUCCCACACAGAAAACUUUUUAGAUAUUCCAGAAUCUGCACCUAUUCCAGCUGUAUUUCCCUUGAUUUGUGUUUCCUGACAAAACGGUCUGUUUUUAUUUAUUCCACCCACGGCCACUCUGCUGUGAUUGGUCACAUGCCCAAUGUGCUUCCUAACUAUGAAACAUAUAAUUUCAAAAAAGUAAUUAUAUUUACUGGUUACUUACCUCAAAGUAAGUUAACUAUAAGAAAAUUACUCAUUUAUGAAUGUAAUUAUUGCAUAACUUAAAGGGGACAUUUCAUUCAUUCAUUCAUUUUCUACCGCUUAUCCUAACGAGGGUCGUUGGGGUGCUGGAGCCUAUCCCAGCUGUCUUCUGACAAGAGUCAGGGUACACCCUGGACUGGUGGCGAGCCAAUCACAGGGCACAUAUAGACAAACAACCAUUCACACUCACAUUCAUACCUAUGGACAAUUUGGAGUCGCCAAUUAACCUAGCAUGUUUUUGGAAUGUGGGAGGAAACCGGAGUACCCGGAGAAAACCCACGCAUGCAUGGGAAGAACAUGCAAACUCCACACAGAGAUGGCCGAGAGUGGAACUGAACCGGUUCUCCUAGGUGUGAGGUCUGCGCACUAACCACACGGCCGCCGUGCAGUAAAGGGGACCUAUUAUACCAAUUUUUCAACCCUUUCUAAUUGUGACUCCUAUAGAGCAGCGACACACAAUAACCCACACAGAAAACUUUUUAGAUCUUCCAGAAUCUGCACCUAUUCCAGCUAUAUUUCUUUUGAUUUGUGUUUCCUGCCAAAACGGUCUGUUUUUAUUUAUUCCACCCACGGCCACUCCGCUGUGAUUGGUCACAUGCCCAAUGUGCUUCCUAACUACGACCCAUAUAAGGAAGUUCUCACAUCUGUGACAUCACAAAGGGGCAGUUUUACCACGCCUUUUGAAACCGAGCGUUUUGAGCUAUCCCAAAAUUUUUUCAGGGCUCACUUUUUCCAAAUACACAAAACUCAUUAUCUGAAACUUUGGCAUCGUUUAACACAAGAAUACAACAUCAUAACUACAUUUAUAGGUCAGAAAAGUGGAAAAGGCAUAAUAGGUCCCCUGUAAAAAAACAUUAAAAUAUCAGUGAUAGAUAUCAGUGCAGAAAGAUCGACGUGUUUGAAGUUUGGAAUAGUGAUUAAUUCGAUUACCAAUUAGUGAAAAACAAUAACACUGUUACUCCCAACACUGGAAAUAAGACAAGCAAUGGAGGCAGCGACUUUACAGCUAUUUUUAAUUGCUUCAGAGGAAAACGGUGAGAUUCAUGCACUGAUGUUGCUUUUUUGUCAACACUCAAACACCUAACAAAAGGCCUAAUUAAUGUAUAAAAGUUUUAUUACUUUGAUGAAAUUCCUGUUUGUUUAUGAUUUAUACUUUCAAUAGUACUGGUUAGAAUCCCUGCAUCAGUAAACAUGAUGCUAAUGCCAGUGGCUAGCAGAAUACUGUCAAAACAAUGAAGUAGCCGCACUAGCAUCUUUGACAGCUGGCAUUUCCCUAAGCCUCCUUGAUUAUAUGUUAAAAACGUUGCUUUCAAUUUCAGCCUGGGGUCUGUCAUUCCAAUUUCUGUUAACAUUACAAUGAAAAACUAUCAAAAGCGGUUAUGUAUUUGUCGAAUUUAAGGGUGCCAUUAGGAUACGGGACGCUCGAUCACAUGUUCCAUGAUGAAAGUUGAUAGUUCAAACUCACAAACAAAGUGCAAUCAUUCAAUAUGUUGAGGCAUGAGAUUGUUUUCUACAGUGGAAGAAUCCAAGAAGGAGUUUUUUUAUACAUAUUAUCAUUUCCAACUACUGUGUAGUUGCAGUAUUGAUUCUUACGUUUGAUUAGCUCUUAGCUUGAAGCAUACGUUGGCAUGACAGCUUCAUUUCUCUUGCUCAUUUGGUUAACAAACACACCAGAACAUCAGAGCAUGCACUGUUGUGUUAACUACUGUUCAACUCUUAGAUUCAUGUCUAUUUUUAUAUUAAACCUUUUGGAACGGAGUGUUUAUUCACAGGCCAGGCCCCCCGCCCCCACCGGGGUCAGUUCUGACAUUGUCAACCCGGAAAGCGGCGACUCCUGGUGGUUGUCUUUCACGAUAUGGCUUUGUCAGACGCAAUACGAGGACGCCCGAUCUUAAAUCAAGGUGACGUUUGGUCAGAGUCAAAUUGAGAUUAAACUGUGGCGACUGUGACGCUGUCACCACAUAUAAACAUAUUUCAAAAUGUCAAACACAUCGUAUGUGUAGCUGUAUUUUGUUGUUUGGUUAAAACAAAAAAUAAAAACAUUUUUUUCUUCUUUG